AUGGAUGUCAUUUCUUCCGCUGGUUAUGAUGAUUCAUCUAAAUAUGGUUUUGAUGGAAUACCAGCUGACAGCCCCCAAGCAAACCCUAUUUAUGGCACUAAAGAAGAUAUCUACACGCCAAAACCUGAGGAAAAAGUAGAAGAAAAAGAAAAGCCUUACUAUGGCACACAAAAAGAAGAAAAGGAAAAUCGUCUCUCCAUAGGUGUUCAAGGCCUUGUUUUAUGUAAAUUAGAUUCCGGGUAUUCUCCAGUUCAAGGUGCUUCAGCAAAGAUAACAUGUAAAGCAGUUGAUGAGGAUGGGGUGGAGAAAAGUGUUUCCAUUUGCAGCGAAGCAACUGAUGAAAGAGGUUACUUCAUUGCGCCACUGUCUAAUAAAUUAAGUGGCCUUGAGAAAUUAAAGGUUAGAGAAUGCCAGGCUUAUCUUCACAGCUCUCCGUUGAAGAACUGCAAUGUUCCCACCAAUGUCAACAGAGGCAUCGAUGGUGCUCUUCUUUCUACUUUCCGUGUCCUGAAGGAAAAGAAAAUGAAAUUGUACUCUGUGGGGCCUUUCUUCUACACUCCCCAAUCUCAAUCUACCCGUACUGGUUGCUAA